AAGAAAGUGAGAAGAGUUCAACUAUUGGUUUCCCAAGCUUGUCAGCUACUCAAGCACAAUGCAAGCCAAUAAAGGGAAAAAAAUGUCACCGAACCACAACGCCACUUAUGAGCAGAUAUUGAAAGAAGAAGAGAUGUUAGAGAAAAUUCAUGAUUUUACUAAAUUGCUCAAAAGCUGGGAACGUGGCCGCCGCAUGAGCCUACAACUGCAAAAGCAGGAGGAGAGGUGUUUUGAAAGGGCCAGGAAAAGGCAACUGGCUGAAAAAAAAGAAGAGCUAUACUAUGCUGAUAAGCAACUGAUAAUGGUUCGACGAGCAGCGUUACGGCAAGUCCUAAGUACUGAGCAUCUGCAAUAUCAGCUGGAAUUGAACCACUUGGGCAAGUCAUUCUAUGCAGAGCGGCUGUAAGAAUUAGGCUCCUACAGGCGUAAAGAUCCAGAUCACAAUAAAGACAGCUGCUUUAGUAUAGCACUUCUUGCAUAAAGAUGACCUACCCUCAGUAUAUAAAUAUCAAAUGAAAAUACCAUAGGGAAAACUUAGACUUUUUUUGUUUAAGCAG